GCCGGCACUCGAAGCCCGAGCGGCGGCGUUUGUGCUCGACACAGUCGGCCUGUCUGUUUGAUUUCCGUUAACCAACUGUGACCUGCUGCACUUGUGCACAGCAGCUCUGACAGUCAUCCACUCCAGCAGCUUAACAAAUAGGAUUAGAGCAAAGAGAAAAAAAUCUCCCCAGCAGCAAAGUCCCAUCUGCUCACCUGAGAGCAGCGAGCAGCCCGGAGACGCCACGUCAGGACCGUCCCGAGCUCGGGGGGAGACGUCCACCUUUACUGUUUUAUUUUGACCAAUGCCAUGCGAUCUGGGGGCUGGAGGACUGCGAGGAGGCCGGCGCUCAUGAGCUGAGGAGGCGGACAUCAGAGGCAGCGAGUCCGGGGCUCGACGUUGACUUUUUGUGAGCAAUGGCAGUGAAGUGCGGGAGGUUGGUGCUGUGGGCGGUCGGGGCCGUGCUGCUGUCAGGAUACAUCGCCAUGGAAACAGAUGCCACUCGGGACUGGAGCGUGGAUUUGAAGGACCGCGGCGGACGUUUGGGGGAGCCGCUGGACUCGGAUCAGCUUCUGUACAGACGACACGCUGCCCUGAUUCGGAGAAAAAGGAACAUCUUGUUUCCGAGCGGAGUCAAACUUUGCACUCAGGAGACGUUCGACCAGGCCGUCGCCAACCACCUGAGAUACUUUCACCUCAGAGUGUGUCAGGAGACGGUGUGGGAAGCCUUCAAGAUCUUCUGGGACCGGCUGCCGGAGCGGGACGAGUACCAGGACUGGGUCGGGCGCUGCAUGGACGGCUCGGUCAGCGUCAUGGACAUCGGCGGCUUCUUCAGCCAAUCAGAGGAGCACAGCAGCCUCAUCAGGAGUAGAGUCGCGAUGGCUGCUGCGAUGAACAGUGUGCCCGUCACCACAGGCCCUCCUCCAUGCAGCUCUGAAGCAACCAUCCAGACUGGAGAAUCAGUGACUCCACCAGGGGGAGAUAUUAUCAUCAGAUCUGAGACAGUCUUAGUGGAACAAGAUGGUCUUCCGCCAGGCUUUGAGGUCUCCACUUGGACCCCUUCACUGUCCGCAACUGAAGGGUUGAUUCGAGAGGCUGCAACACCCUCAGCUGAGAUUUCUGUGGAUUUGACCUCUGAGCCUGUGGUUGCAGGGAGGCCAGAGGACACUGAAGACGUCACCUCUGAAAGUCCACCUUUGGUCAUCACUGACACACAGGUUUCCUUGGAGUCUGAAGAUGCUGAGGAUUUUGCAGAGGAAACUGUGGAGGUUGCCACAGAGGUUGCUGGUUCUGUUACCCAUAAGCCCAUUGAUGCGACUGUUGAGGAAACUGAGAAAACUGUGUCAGAUGGAGAGGAAGAGGCUGCAGUGGCCGAUGAAAAGAUCCUUGAGAUCAUCCCUGAGGAUGUGGAUGUACCUGAUACUGAGGUGGUUCAGGAAGUUUCCCCAGGGGGUGAGGAGCCUCCUUCAGAGGUCGUGGCUGAAGAGGUAAUUACAGAGGCUACUGCUGUGGUCCUUGCAAAGCCCACUGUAAUAUCUGCUACAGAAGCUGUCACACAGGAAGAAUUAGAGCAAGAAGUUUCUCUGGAGCCUACUGCAGAUGCUCCGUCAGACGCCGUGAUGGAGCACAUCUCAGAGACCACAGUCGAGGUCAUUGUGGGCCCAGAAGAUCAAGACAUUUCUUUGGAUACCACAUCAGAUGUAAUAUUGACUGAUGAGAUUGUGGAGGAACCCUCGGAGGAUUUUCCACAGCCCAUUGAUGAAGCAGAACCAGGUUCCCCUGAAUUUGUUGAGAUGGCAGUUUAUGAAAGUGACAAACAGGAGCCACCUGCAGAACAUCCCUCAGAAGCUGUUGGAGAGUUUAGCCAAGAUGAAACCAAAGUCAGCACAGAUGCAACUCCAGCAGUAAUUCUGAUAACAGAUCCAUAUUCAGAAGAAAUAUUUAUAAAUGUUACUCCAGCACAAGAAUCUGUCCCAGAUAUAAAAACUGAGGUGGGCAAACAGCCAGAAGACAAACCAACACUGAGGGCCGAGGUUACUUCUCAGCCUCUAGUAGUGACUUUACAAGAUGAGAGGGAUGAAGACUCUGAGGAGUCACCACCAAGUACUGCAGUGGGAGAGAUGGAGACAACACAGGAAGAUACACCUGUGGAGAAAGAAAUGGCAUUAGAGACAAGCAAAAAGUCAGAAGAGACAGCAAAGGUAGAAGUCAAACACGAAGAAGCUUCAGUUGUUACUGAAGAUGAGACAAGCAAAGCUGCUGGUGAAGUGGAGUCCGCUGAAGUGAUCGCUACAAAGACAGAUGUAAAAGAGCCUAAAGAGGGUGAUGAAACAGCAGAAGAAGUUGAAAUUGAAAACGUCACUGUGGCAGAGGUGGAAACUGUGCAAACAGCAGAGGAAAAACUACCUGCGGAAACAGAGGAGGCAGCAGUUGCAGUAGAGGAUACAGUCGAUACAGCAGAAGAAGAACCAGCUGAAGCUGCAAUAGAAACAGAAGUCACGGAGGAAAAGCCAGUAAAGACGGUCAGUGAGACCCCAAAGAUAACUGAAGCUACAGGAGAACCAGCUAAAGGUGGAGGAGAUAAACCUGGGACUCCCCAAAAACCUGUAGAGAAAGUAGGAGCAGAUGUAACUGUACACGAAGGACAGUCUGCAGUAGAAACUGGACAAGAACCACAAGCUGUUGAAGAAGCCAUAGAAAUAGGAGACGCUACAAAAACUGCAAAAGAGAUUGAACACACGACUGAACCUGCACAAGGAGCAGAACUCAUAGAUGUAAUUGCAGAGGAGUCCACAAAACCCUCAGAGCCACCAGCACGAGAAGUGGAACCUCUAGAAGUAACUGCCAUUAAGACAGAACCCGCAGGAGAACCAGCACAAGUAGUGAAACCUGUAGAAGAAACUGCUGAAGAGACAGAACCCACAGCAGAACCAGCACGAGAAGUGAAACCUGCUGAAGUAACUGCCAUCGAGACAGAACUCACAGGAGAACCAGCACCAGAAGUGAAACCCGUUGAAGAAACUGCUGAAGAGACAGAACCCACAACAGAACCAGCACGAGAAGUGAAACCUUCUGAAGUAACUGCCAUUAAGACAGAACCCGCAGGAGAACCAGCACGAGAAGUGGAACCUGUAGAAGAAACUGCUGAAGAGACAGAACUCACAGGAGAACCAGCACGAGAAGUGGAACCUGUCGAAGAAACUGCCAUAGAGACAGAACUCACAGGAGAACCAGCACGAGAAGUGGAACCUGUCGAAGAAACUGCCAUAGAGACAGAACUCACAGGAGAACCAGCACGAGAAGUGGAACCUGUCGAAGAAACUACCAUAGAGACAGAGCCCACAGGAGAACCAGCACGAGAAGUGAAACCCAUAGAAGAAACUGCUGAAGAGACAGAAUCCACAGGAGAACCAGCACAAGAAGUAAAACCUGCUGGAGUAACUGUCAUCGAGACAGAACACACAGGGGAACCAACACAAAAAGUGGAACCUCUAGAAGAAGCUGCCAUAGAGACAAAACCUACAGGAGAACCAGUACAAGAAACUGCCAUAGAGACAGAACCCACAGGAGAGCCAGCACAUGAAGUGAAACCUGUAGAAGAAGCUGCUGAAGAGACAGAACCUACAGGAGAACCAGCACAAGAUGUGAAACCUGCUGAAGUAACUGCCAUAGAGACAGAACCCACAGGAGAACCUGUAGAAGAAACUGUCGUAGAGACAGAACCCACAGGAGAACCAGCACAAGAAGUGAAACCUGUAGAAGAAACUGUUGAAGAGACAGAACCCACAGGAGAACCAGUAGAAGAAACUGCCAUAGAGACAGAAUCCACAGAAGAACCAGCACAAGAAGUUGAACCGGUAGAAGAUACUGCCAUAGAGACAGAACUCACAGGAGAACUUUCACGAGAAGUGAAACCUGUAGAGGAAUUUGCAAAAGAGACAGAACCUACAAGAGAACCAGCGCAAGAAGUGGAACCUGUAGAAGAAAUUGCUGAAGAGACAGAGCUUAUGGGAGAACCAGCACAAGAAGUGGAACCUGUAGAAGAAACUGCUGAAGAGACAGAACCUACUAGAGUAGCAGAACAGGAAGUGGAACUUGAAGAUGAAACAGUAGAAGAAGACAAACUCACAGAAGAAAAUGCAGAACCCACGAGAGAACCAGCACAAGAAGCAGAUGUUAUAAGAGAAGUUACAGAAGAGAAGGGACCCACUGGAGAACCUACACAAGAAGCAGAACGUGAAGUAGUAAGUACUAAAGAUAAAACAGAUACUAUGUCUGUAAAUAAAGCACAAGAAGCAGCCCAAGUGGAACCACUGGAGGACGGAGAAGAAGCUACUUCUGAGGAGAAAACAGAGGAUGAACCUGAAGUUGAAGAAGUCAUCCGAGAAAGUGUUGAUGAAACUCUUCCAGAGGCUGAUGAAGAGAUCACUCCAGUUAUUGUUGUUGUUCCAGAAGAUACAGAAAGUUUAUUGCCUGGGACUGAAGAGGAGGAAACAUCUGAACCAGAGAUAAUGAUGGAGGUUCCAGUCACCUCUGAAGUAGCAGUACUACCAGAAAUCACUAAGAGUACCACACAGGUGAUUGAGCCUACAAGUGAAACUUCAAACUCCGAAACCUUGCCUGAAGAAAUUGUCCCAGAGGUUGCGAGUGAAGGUUCUCCAGAAACUGUGACUGAUGCUCAUCCAGGAGGAACCACUGAAGCUGAGGAUUUCACCCAGCAGUUUCCCGAUGAGCCUGUCCUCAAGGUUUCACCUAAAGAAGAUGUCAUCCCAGAGCAGGUUGAAGGUAUCUCCCCAGGUGUCACAGCAGAAAAUGCAGAAGUAAUCGUGACAGAAGCUCCAGUAGAAAUCACAUCUGAGCCUCAUGAUGAAAUCACCUCAGAAACUGUUGUGGAAGGAGCUGCAGAGAGUACACAAAGUGCUGUAGUUGAAGGCACAGAGGAGCCCACCCCCUCCACCUCUCUGGACAUCACAACCAAAUACAUAGUGGAGUACAACAAUGGCAACUUCCCAGACCUGUCAGGGAGGCCUUAUGAUUUAGACCACGACUUACUUGGAAACAACGGCUUUGAACUGGAGGUCGAAGAGGAGAACUCGAUUGGUAACGAGAUAGACGACACCUUGCUGUGGCCCCCGAGGUCCCUGACGGACCAGGUGGUGGAGCUGAACAUCAGGCUGAGAGGAGAAACCUACAACGACGCUCUGAGAGACCCGAGCAGCUUCCACUACCAGCAGCUGGCCAGACACUUCACACGCAGGAUUGAAGACGCCUUCGAGAGGUUGCCUGGCUUCAAGACUGUCCAUGUCGUCGAGUUCAGGCCACAGAAGGACCUGGAGCUGGGUCUGGUGGUCCUGGUUCACUAUGCCAUCACUCUGGAGGUGGACAGCAGCGGCAUCACCAACGACACGCUGGACUUCAUCUCUCUGCAGAACAACCUGGUGGAGAAGAAUUACCCCGGGGCCGCCGAGCAGCCCACCGUCGUCUACACCAUCACCGACUUCCGCAACUACAUCACCGAGGCGCUGCACAAAGACAACUUCAUGGGCAACGGCAGCCUGGAGGCGCAGCCCGACUCUCUGCAGCUGGAGAACGCGGAGAACUUGUUACCUGCUGUGAAACCUACGAGCCGAUCCGCCGACACCUUCGACAACAUGGACAACGUCCUCGCUGCAGAAAAGCCUCCCGAUGCACCGAGCCACGAAGUGGAGAGCAGUGAUGUUUUCCUGAAGAAGGACGACUUCCUGUUCGAUCCCUUCGACCAGCGGAAAGGCCAUCAGGACCCGGUGGUGAGCGAGAACGACGUCUUCUUGUUUGACGAGAGCACGGCUCCUCCAGCCAUCGCUGAAUACCCUGAAAAAACCGUCGACCUGCAGCCAGCAGCACCACAGAAUAAAGGAAAUAUUGAAGACGAGGGAUUCCUCCUCAGUAAUGCUCCUGCCGCCAAAGAUGAAAAUCCCAGAGGUGACCAUACAGUUGCUCCUGGAGGCUCCUCUGCAGCUGCCCUUCCUCCAACAAAACCUCAAACAGGCUCUGAGGUUGCCCAGGCUCUGGACGAUGGAUCUGGCUCUGGUUUCUCUGGAGACGGCCAGGGAGCUGAUCUCUGGUCCUGGCAGCCAGCAGCAACAUCUGACUGGACUGGCUUCUAUAGCAACAGCAAUGGCAGCCUGGAGGUGCUACCACCACCUGAUCUGGAGGAGACCGAGGAUGAGGAUGAGGAUGCCAUUGGUGUUACAUUGCCAGUCACUAAGAAAGAUGAUUUAAUUGCAGUGAAAGUUGAGUUCACCAGUGCUCCCGCUUUGCAGUCAACAACAGUUCCUGCUUUUGAGGAAUCAUCGUUGGGCAGAGACAUCAAGGAAGCUUUCUUUGAUCAGGUUUUGAUAACACCACACAUCAGCACAGACCCUCGAUACUCAACCACCACCGAAGCACCUGUUUUCUCUCCCAAAGGUACCUUGAAUGUUGAACUUUCAGUACAAACAGUGGAAGCAUCGGGCAUCUACGAUGACCUCUCCUUGACCGAACCUUACACCCAUACAGCACCAGUCACGGAUUCUCCCGAACCUGAAGCUUGGACUCGUGAGGCCUCUGUUGUUGCAGGACCAACUGAUUCAGCAUUCAGUCUUCAAGAAACCACCGAGGAGGUGAAAGUAACUACUGCAGCAGGAAUAGAGCAUCCAGUGUCUGCAGCUGGCUCUAAAUCAGAAGAUUUACCUGAGAAAGAAGACGCUGAAGUCAUAAUUGCACCUGAAGCACCUGCAGUUCCUGAAGUUGAUUCCUCGACCGAAGAGACACCCACCUUUGUUGAAGUCCAGGCAAUUACUGUCAAAGAAUCCAGCUUUGAUACAAUCACUGACCAGCCACCAGAACUGGAAAUAUUCACAGAAAAACCCAAACUGCUGCUGCCAAAAACUGAAGACCACGUAGAGGUUGAGGUUUUAGAGGAGCAACACAUUGGAGCUACUGACCCUGCACUAACAACAGUGCCAGCAGGUGGAAUCCAAGAUGAGGAUCUGGUUGUGGAUGAAGUUAUAGUUGCCACCUCAACGACUGCUGUUCCUGUCCUCACUCCAUCUGUAGCGUCAGACCACAGCAGCAGCAUUGUGCUUUCGCCUGAGAAGGACUCGCCGUUCACUCGAGUGUCGGAUUCUGUCCCGGACGACGAGGAACUGGUUCACCAGGAGCACGUAAACCACGAAGAUGUUGAUGACGUUCUGAUGAUCAGUCCAUCUUCAGAUGUUCCUCAUUUGAUGCCAUCAGUGGUUGUUGUGAACAAAACAGAAGGUGUUCCAGUGGAUGCCAUGGAAAGGUCACCAGGUGCUUCAGAACAGGGUGAAGACUUGGGUACCGCUCAGACAAACGCUUCAGAAAGGGUAGUUAGUGGCAUCCUCCAGACCACUUCCUCACUGCAGGAAGUGAACAACACCUCUGCUGCCGAGAUCCAACCCUUCGAGCAUGUUUUUUCCGAGAUGCCGAGCAUCGACGUCAGCUUUGAUGUGUUUCAGUAUGGCAGCGUGGCAACUGAAGAUGACAGCAGCGGCUUCUCCAGUGGGGCCCGGGGAUCAGAUCUGGACGCCAUCGCACUACCAACUCGACCUGGCAGAGCCCUAACGGUGUUCUUCAGCCUCAGGGUGACCAACAUGGUGUUUUCCAUGGACCUUUUUAACAAGAGCUCAGCUGAGUACAAGGCUCUGGAGCAACGGUUCCUACAGCUGCUGGUCCCCUACCUCGAGUCCAACCUGAAUAACUUCAAGAACCUGGAGAUCCUCAACUUCAGGAAUGGCAGCAUCGUGGUGAACAGCAGGAUGAGGUUCGGUAAACCAGUUCCCAGAGGGGUCACCAACGUCGUUUACCUCAUCCUGGAGGACUUCGCCAACACCGCCUACCAGACCAUGAACCUGGCCAUCGACAAGUACUCUCUGGACGUUGAAUCAGGUGACCGGGCGGAUCCCUGUAAGUUCCAGGCCUGUAACGAGUUUUCCAGGUGCAUGGUGAAUCGCUGGUCGGGCGAGGCCGAGUGUGUUUGUGACGCCGGAUACCUGAGCGUGGACGGUCUGCCGUGUCAGAGCGUCUGCGACGUGCACGCCGACUUCUGCCUCAACGACGGCAAAUGUGACAUCAUCCCUGGAAAAGGCGCCAUCUGCAGGUGUCGGGUCGGAGAGAACUGGUGGUAUCGCGGCGAGCACUGCGAGGAGUACGUUUCGGAGCCGCUGGUGGUGGGCAUCGCCAUCGCCUCGGUAGCUGGGUUCCUCAUGGUGGCGGCGGGGAUCAUCUUCUUCUUGGCGAGGUCGCUGCGAGAGCAGUACGACGAGGAGGACACCGAGGACCCCCUGCGGCGGGGCGACAGCGUGCCGACGCUGGAGCGCGCCACCAAGUUCAACCCCAUGUUCGAGAGUGACCCGGUUACCGCCCAGUACUACCGUCGCUAUGACAACGACCUGCCGCAGUCCUACCGGCACCGCGAGCCCGACCUGCCCCGGUACAGCAGCUCUGUCAGCACCGACGGCUCCAAAGACCUCGGCAGCGACGAGAUGCGACACGUCUACCAGAACGCCACGCUCACCAAAGAGGAGAUCCAGGAGCGACUCAGGAUAAUCGAGUUGUGCGCCCGGGAUCAACACUUCGCAGACUUUGUGCGACAGACUCAAGUGUUCCUGGAGAGGAGAGGAAGCUCGACCACGUAGCGAGUCCCGGGCGGCAGACCUCGAGGAAGCGGCCUUCGUCGGCGACCCGCCGAGGGAGGAGGAGUUGGUGUUGUGUGGCCUGGCUGCGUCUGAUGGACUGGAGGUGGAGGUGACGAGACACUGAAACUUGUGGGAGGACACUUUGACUGUUUGUGGGACCGUGAAGC